GAGUUGAUUUGAGAGCUAUAAACGCAACAAAAUUUAUCCCUAAACGUGAUAAACGCAAAACCUAAAACCCUAACCAUAAAGAGAAAUUAAUUAAUGUACAAAAAUGAAAAAUAUACUAAGCCAAAUAAAUGUGGGAAGUUUAUCUUGGUUUCAACGGUGUUACCAAACACGGUGUUAGUCACAGAAAGCCACAUAAAAACGGAAGCUAUCACUCUUCUUUGAACUUCCUUUCCGCACUCUCUCGCUUGCCGCAACCACCACUUCGAGUUUCUCUCUGCUCCAAAUUUAGAUCGACAUUUUCUGGAAAUGAGGUCUCAGAUUCUCAGAUCUGCGAGAUCUUUCGUCUCCGCUGCUUCGAAGCAGUCCUCUCGUUCAUUUUCGGGAGGGAGAGCUGCAGCUGCAGCGGCAGUAGUAUCAAGCCGAGGAAGAGCAUCAUCUCUCGCUUCAUUCGGUGCAUCCGAGUCAGGAAAUGCGUAUAGGGGUUGGAUUACGGGUGCCCUUGCCCUUCCAGCGGCAGCUGUCAUGCUACAAGACCAGGAGGCGCAUGCUGCUGCGAUGGAGCGAACUUUUAUUGCCAUCAAGCCAGAUGGAGUGCAAAGAGGACUGAUCUCAGAAAUUGUUUCCCGGUUUGAACGAAAAGGUUUUAAGCUUGUGGCCAUCAAGAUAGUGGUUCCGUCAAAGGAUUUCGCCAAGAAGCAUUAUCAUGACCUCAGCGAAAGACCUUUCUUCAAUGGGUUGUGCGAUUUCCUCAGCUCUGGACCAGUCAUUGCCAUGGUCUGGGAAGGCGAGGGGGUGAUCAAGUAUGGACGUAAACUCAUUGGCGCCACAGACCCUCAGAAAUCAGAACCCGGAACCAUCAGAGGAGAUCUUGCCGUUGUGGUUGGGAGGAAUAUAAUUCAUGGUAGUGAUGGCCCUGAGACAGCCAAGGAUGAAAUCAACCUAUGGUUUAAACCUGAGGAGUUGGUGAAUUACACUAGCAAUGCUGAGAAGUGGCUCUAUGGCGACAAUUAGUGGCCUUAUUUUUGUUAUUUGAUAAUUAAAACCCAAAAUUAGGGCUGUGAUGAUUUUGGUGGAAGCAAAAUGAUGGGAACAAUAAGCUUCCUAUAGGCAAAGUGAUGACAACAGGAUAAGAAAUCAACUGUUCCAAUAAUGUGUUAUUGAACCUCUGUUUUACCACUUGGGUCUAUACAUUUUUGGAUCUUAUCGAUUAAAUCCAUUUCCAGUA